AUGCAAAUUUUUAAGAAUAGGUAUUUGUGUGAAUAUAUUCUUAAUAGAAGAGAUUUAAAGCUGAAGGGACGAAACGGGGGCAGCAGGGAAGCCAAGAAAAGGAGAAGAGAGAAAGAGGAAAAGGGAAAAGUGGGCAUAAGUAAAAGGAAAAUAGCUAUAAAAAAAAGUGGCUCAAAACAUAGCAGAUUAUAA